CGUGCCGCUCCUCCAGCAGCCAUGUCAGCAUCACCGGCGGACACGGCCGCCUUCAUCGAGAAUGCCAUUGAGGCCUCGCAAGCCGCGGCAGUGAGCGGCGUCAAUGUGGCCGACUUCAACGCCCUCCAGCAAGCUGCCGCUGCGGAUCACACCGAUGCUUCAGAUCCUUCCAAUGCAACGAGCACAGCCCAAGCUGCCCUGGGCAUGUACCCGACCCUCCAUGUGCCCCCAUCAACCGAGGAGCAGUUCUCUGCACAGGGACCCGUCGAGCCCGACCACGGUCACGACGCAUUCAAGCACGAUACCCCAUUCACCACAGACGUCACACAACAGCCCGACCCCCUGAUGGAUCAUACGGUCAACCAAGGCCAGCCCCCUCCUCCGCCCAACGGCGUUCAACCUCACCCUCCUCCUCCACAGCACAGAUACGCAGUCCCGCCGCCUCCUCCCAACCCCAAGCCGAGCGUUGGCUCAGAAGAGUGGCACAAGAUGCGGAAAGAUAAUCACAAAGAAGUGGAGCGUCGACGCCGCGAGACCAUUAACGAAGGCAUCAACGAGCUGGCCAAGAUUGUCCCAGGCUGCGAGAAGAACAAGGGGUCGAUUUUGCAGCGGGCUGUUAGUUUCAUCACCCAGCUCAAAGAGAACGAGCAGCAAAACAUUGAAAAGUGGACAUUGGAAAAGCUUCUUACGGAGCAGGCCAUAACUGAGCUCAGUGCGUCCAACGAUAAGCUCAAACAGGAGUGCGAGCGGCUGUACCGAGAGUUGGAGACGUGGAAGCGAGUUGCACAGCAGGCUGGGCUGGAGCCACCAGCCGCACCCAAGGAAGAGCCCAAUGCCGGUAUGCCGUCGAGUUAGGAAUCCGGACAUGCAUUGGUGAUAUUCCACCCUCAAACAUCUCUCUCGAGCUUUUCCGAAGCUUACUAUGUUUCGACAUAGGCGAGGAUGCAGCACGAGAGAGACGACUUGUCAUGAAUGUUUUCUUCUUCUUCUUCUUCUUCUUCUUCUUCUCCCCCCUUCCGUUUCGCAAGGCUAUGUCAAUACGGAUCCUCUGCCGGCCUCUUUCUGCCACGCCUGCCUCGGCAAUGAUGAUGACUACGUUUUUCGAACCGUUUUGUUUUCAUUUACCAAAGUCCUCGAUUUAUUUUCUCUUUCUCAAUCUUGUUUUAUUCUUACUGGGCCCAGCUCUGGAGAGAUACCAUUUCUCACUGUAAGAUUCCUUCUUUCAGCAGCUUGGCGUUUGGUAGGAUGUACUUGGAGGACUACAAAGGGGAACCUGCGCAUGCGUUUUGGACCGCGUCGGAUACGCGCAGACAUGGUUUGGCUUUGGGCUACAUGGGAAUACCUCUACGUAAUUAGCAAAGCUUUUUUGUUGUUUAGCGCUCUCCGAUGCUGGGGACC